AUGGCGAGUGGGGGACAAACUCCCCUCCCCCCUUCCACUCACCCUCCACCUUCAUCCUGGGCUCAAGUUGCUUCCUCUGGGAACAGAUCCUAUGAGUCUUCACCUCUUCAUAAUCCUCAGUUGCUUGAUAAGCUUAAGAACUCUUCUACUUCCUUUGUUAAGCUUGAUGCCGACUCUCUUUCUCGAGCUCAUCAAAAGUUUCAGCAUGCUCUUUAUGGGAAGUUCUUUGGGAAACCAUCCCCAUUUGACCAAGUGAGGAAAUAUCUUAUGGCCAAAUGGGCGAUGGUUCGUGAUCUCCAAAUAUCUGACCUGCCAAAUGGGUUUUUGCUUAUCCGUUGUGCUGUUUUUGAAGACAUGCAAAAACUUCUCACUGAAGGACCAUGGACUCUCAAUGGAUUAACAUUACAGCUUGCUCCCUGGAGACCUUUCUUUGAGCUGACUUUCGUGAAACUUUCCACCGCUGCGGUCUGGGUUCAGCUGCAUAACCUCCCUGUUGAGCUGUGGGAUGGCGAAUCUCUCGACAACAUUACUUCUCAUUUGGGUAAUCUGUUGAAAGUUGAUGAAUUUACUCUGAAACUAACUAGAUCCAAAUUUGCCAGGGUUUGCAUCGAAAUUGACCUGUCAAAACCCAUUUGCCGUGGUUUUUGGGUUGGCGACGAUACUCAUCGGGUAUUCGUUGUGGUUCUCUAUGAAAGGCUGCCUACGUUCUGUUAUUCUUGUGGGAUCAUUGGUCAUGGAACCAACUCUUGCUCUCAUUCAACAACAACCGGGGAGAAUCGGACUUCUCCACCUCCCCGUUUUCCACGGGGAUCGGCGGUAAGUUCGGUUCGGACUGAGGAUGUUGUUGAGGGAAUGGAGAUGGACUCUAUUGCCAAUAAUCUACAAGGCGCUGUUAACCCUGUUGAUUCCACACCGGAUUCUGAAUUUGGUUCUUGGAUGUUAGUCUCCCGCCGGCGUGGUCGUGCCCGGGGCCGAGGAGCUAGCCAUCGCUCCGAUUCGGUGUCUGUUGGCACAGCAGCCGAGGAGAAUAGUGCUCAUUCUCUUCCCCGAGGUGUUCCAUCCCAAGAGGCCUCUCUCCUGAUGCAAACCCUAGCACCAUGUGAAUCGAGACAGCCAGGCAUAGCUUCUCUCCCUGACACAUCUUCGGUUCCCAAUGUUGCUUUAAUUAAUUCAUCUUUGACCCGUUCUGGGUCUCCUCCUCCUAUCAUUCACUCUUCGAUCUUGAAUACAACUAAGUUAGUUGGUUCCCCUUCGGAGAACCUCCACGCCAUGGCUGUUGAUCGUGUCAUCACGGCUCUUGACGAUGGGAACCUGGAUGAUAGUGAUCAAGAGGAUGAGGACUCGGAUGACUCGGAAGAUGCCAUGUCUGAUGAAGAUGAUGGUCCCGACGACUCUAUGACACUUGUUCAGUACCAGGAAGAAGUCCGUAAAGAAACCUUGGCUCGUAAAAGCUCUCAUGUGAUGGGUUCCUCCUUGAAAAAAGGAAGAACGGACAAUGGGAAUUCUAGUUCUUGA